AUAAUCCACGUUUUAUAUUCAUAUAAAUAUUUGGGAUAUGACUAUGUAUAUCACUAAAUUAUAAUUGGUUAUCAUCAGAGAUCAUAGCAUAUAAAAUAAAUGAUAAUCAAAUUAAUGUUAGUUCAUAUAAUCAGUCUUAUUUGACUCAUUCCAUCAAGUCAUUUUUAAAUUUGUUUUAUCAUUACUUUUACUGUUAGUAUUCUGACCAACUCCAUAAACUCUCGUUCUCAUAUUGGAUUAAUAAAUUAAAUAAGUAAAUGGUUAAUGAACUAAAAAUAUUGGGAAUCCUCGGUAAAGACCGUUUUAUAAGAAACAAAAACGAUAACUCGUACACAAAAAAGUGAUGUUUUAUUAUAUUAUGCAGAAAAAUUGUAUCGACAUUUAAAAUUAGAUAAAUUUGAUUGCUAAUUCAAAGUACGGUCGUUUAUGUAUAGAAGAACCUUGUUAAUUUUUUUUUUUUUUUUAAUUAAAUGUCACAAAAUAUGAUUGGAAUUUUAAAAAGAAUUACAUUUGUAGAACUUGUAGCGUUUUUGUUUUAUUUGACUGUGACUUUUUCAUCGUGCUUGAAUACUAGCCUUUUGUUGUAUAAAUCAUGUAGUCCUGAUGUGGUACCAAACUCCAUUGGUCAAAAAUGCCAAAACGAAAAUAAGGCUGAACACAAGGUGAUGCAAAUAAAUACUUGGAAAUCAAUUGUUGUACAAAUUUUGCCAAUGGCAAUUACUUUAAUGGCAGGACCAUGGAGUGAUCGGCACGGUAAUCAAAGAAAAGUUCUGAUGUUAAUAUCUAUCUUAGGGCAACUGUUAUCUGAUUUUGCUUCUUUGUACAGUAGUUGGAAUUGGUCGAAAAUCACACCAGUAGCUACCGCUAUGAUACAAGUUUUGCUAUCGGCUUUUACUGGUAGUUCGGCAUUAUUUCGAGGUGCAGUGUUAUCGUAUAUAGCAGAUGUAUCAGACGAACAUUGGCGUACUUAUCGGUACGGUUUAUUAAUUUGCGCCGAAUUCUCCUCAGGUUUUGUCGGCAUGUUCAUUUACGGUUUCAUUGUCGAGUCUACAGGAUUCAACGAAGCGUUUAUUUUAUGUAUUGUUUUGGACAUUGUAGCUUUAUGUGUUGUUAUGAUGUUCUUAAAAGAUAAUUCAGGGGCAUAUGUUAAAAAAUCGUUUUUCAAAGAUGUCGUCGAAACAUUGAAUUUAACAAAAGUUUUUAAGGAUAGUUGCAGAGUUCUUAGUGACUCGAGACCAGACAAUAAAAGAUUAAUUCUAUUGCUAAUGGUAUUUGUUUGUGGUCCUUUAACCAGCGCACCAGUUACAGGUGAUAUAUCAUUAAUCUACUUGUUCCUUAGAAAUAAGUUCAAUUUUACUGAUAUCGAAUACAGUAUUUUUCUUUCAUACAGAGUACUAACCAUUAUAAUAGGUACUGCAAUGGUAAUGUGCAUCAUGAGCCGUUUACUGGAGGUGUCUGAUGCUAUGAUAGGAAUAAUAGCCAGCAUAUUUGAUUUGGCCUCGGAGUUAAUGUUUUAUUAUGCAUCAAAAAAAUGGCAACUUUAUUUGAUACCUCUUCUUCAAAUUUUUUUGGGCGCAGCAAUUUCGGCAACGUAUUCAAUUUCUUCAAAAUGCGUGAAUAUAAAUGAACUUGGUACAAUGAACUCAGUUAAGAUAUUAUUUGAAAGGCUGUCUAAUGCAAUAACAUUACUAUUAUAUACUCUGCUCUAUAAUUUAACAUUGGAUACUAGUCCAAGUUCAUACUAUUUAAUGAGUGUCGUUUUUAUUGCUUUGACAAUACCACUUUUUAUCAUAACAAACAUUUUAACUCGAAUGAAAAGAAAAGAAGACCAAUUCGCAAUAACAUAUGGUACAUUCUAAGUUUGACUAUUAACACUGAAGAUUAAUUCUUACAUAAUUGUAAAAUAUUAUGAUAAAAUCAGUACGCGAGAUUUUUAAAAAGAACUUGCUUGGUAAUUUUAUAAAAUGUCCUUUUAUUAUUAAAAUUAUUAUUUAUUAUAUUUUACAAGAAAAAUAUUUAUAAUUUAAUAACAAUUUACUCCUGAAUCAUAAAAAAUACUGUACAAAUGUUUAAAUGAAUAAUACUACACUAAUUUGAAUAAUAAUCAACUUUUCAAAUA